AACUCUUUAUUUUCCGAGGUGACGUCCUGCUUAAGAUUGGGCAUGCGAAUGUCUUAGCAUGGACACUGCGGGAGCUCCUUCAACUGUUCCGCAACACCCCUAUCGGCACAAUCAUUCAAAUCCAGGUGUACAGAGAUUUUGUGAAGUUGCCCAGGAGAUGGGAAGCCGCUGUCAACAAUAUUCCUGAAAGGAAGGGGCCAGAGACAGAGGAGGUAUCAAGCUGUCCCAGCGAAGACACCUGGUCAAGCAGCGAAGGCUCCCACGAGGACAGUGACAUCGAGGACGGAGGCCACGCUGUUCGUUUUGAUGAGGACGACAUUUCCCCUCCAAAAUGGAUCCCUGAAGACCUGCAUGACUAUGAUAGGAAGAUGCAUACCUUGACUGUGGGUUCAGACAUUGGUUGUGACAUCAUGAUUCAUCUAGAUUUUGAUGCUGACUUACCAACAAUUAGAGAAACUGAAUGAACCCAUUACAUGUUCUCGUCUCACCUGCCAGGAGUUUUCCAUCUCUUGCAGCUGCACUUUUUUCCACCGGACCUACUAUCGGGAGGUAGGGCUCAUUUCGGAUGACAAUUAGACCCAAUCCAUCCUCUUGCAUCUGGAUAUUCGUCUUCACUGUUGUGGCUAGCGUAU